AUGAAGGAAGGUUAUCUAGCCGCUGGUUACAAUUAUGUGGGAAUCGACGAUUGCUGGCUGGAGAAAGAGCGAGACUCUAAUAACCGAAUGGUGGCGGACCGGCAACGUUUUCCGAGCGGCAUUAUGGCGCUUGCUGACUACCCGAAUUAUAGUUCGAUCGCGAAACACUGCAACCUGUGGCGUAAUUACGGAGACAUCCAAGAUUCCUGGACGUCCUUGAAAAAUAUUAUGCAAUGGUUUGCCAAAAAUCAAGACGAGUUGGUGAAGUACGCAGGUCCCGGACAUUGGAACGAUCCUGAUAUGUUGGAUCAAGCCCGCGUGCAGAUGGCGGUGUGGUCGAUACUGGCGGCGCCGUUGCUCAUGAGCGUCGACCUUGCCAUCAUUCGUCCUGAGUUCAAAGAGGUGCUGCUUAAUGAAGACGUUAUUGCUGUGAGGAUUAGGAAGGGUAGUUAG